AUGCUCGCACAUGUUCCCGCCUUCUUCAAGCAUGCUGCAGCAUCUUUCGUUUCCAUUUGCCAUGCACUCACUGACUCCCUCUUGCUGUCGCCUGCAGGUUCUUUUGACCAAUUCAACGCCAAGGCCCUUAUGCUUGUGGGCGCCAGCAGCAGAGGAGCAGCGGAGAAGAGGAGCGGAGGAGAAGAGGAGCAGAGGAGAGGAGCAGGAGAGAAGAGAAGCAGAGGAGAAGAGGAGCACCUUCAAACACUUGGAUUGGAAGGUUGCAAGUAUCACCCCAGCCCUCCACGGUCCACAAGAGCCCCCCCCCCCCCCCCGGUUCAGGUUCAGGUUCAGGUGCCCCUGAGGCCCACCUCCUCUGCGCACCUGCUCGUCCACCUGCUCCCAUCUGGCAGCGGCAGCACCUGUGAGCGGCUGGUGGGGCUGGAGGCCGCGCCCCUGCUCGCCCACCUGUGA